UCCUUUACGCAUUGAUUAGUCUCCCCAGAGGAGCGGCCGAGGAAUUUCUGGGUGCAGAUAGGACCACUCCUCUCUCUGAAUAUGAUUUUCUCUCCUCUCUCCACAGUCGGAGCUUGGUGGUGAGGAGGGGGGAGGGUGGUCUUGCAGUCGACGAGAGGAAUAGGAGUUUAUUGAGGAGUAGCUGCAACGGGAGAAAAACGCAUGCAACUGAGCACCGUUGCCUUGCGGAUGAAAAGAAGAGAGAGAGGGAGAGAGAAAAAGAUCGCGCUUGGACGGCUGACCACUCUCUGCUGAGAAACUGCUGCUCCGUUUGUUUAACUUGUUGAUGCGACGAUAUUCUUCUGUUUUUCCUCUAUCGUCUGGCUGCAGUGUUCUCUUCCGAGGAUCGCUAUUUUGUAUUAAACUCGCCGUGGAUGCAGUUUAAAGAACAGCCUUCCCUAAGAUGCAAUUCGUCUCUGAACCAUAGCACUGUGAUAACCGGAGCAGGGUUAUAUUAAACACUGUAGGCCAGCAUGGCAGCAGGUGUAGCGGCGUGGCUCCCGUUCGCCCGAGCGGCGGCCAUAGGAUGGAUGCCCGUGGCGAGCACCCCUAUGCCUAUCCCCCCGCAAGAGAAGAAAAAGGGCAAGGACGGACUCAUCAUCCUCAACGUGAGUGGGACCAAGUUUCAGACGUGGAGAACCACUUUAGAAAGGUACCCGGACACUUUGCUGGGGAGCACUGAGAGAGACUUUUUUUUCCACGACGAAACAAACGAGUACUUUUUCGACCGUGACCCUGACAUCUUUAGACACAUCCUCAAUUUUUACCGCACGGGGAAACUACACUAUCCGCGCCAAGAAUGCAUAGCCGCGUACGACGAGGAGCUGGCUUUCUUUGGUAUUAUCGCCGAAAUCAUUGGGGACUGCUGUUAUGAGGAGUACAAGGACCGGCGGCGCGAAAACGCAGAGAGGCUCCAAGACGACGAGGAAAUGGACCAGAGCAAUGACGUCACGCCGGUGAACCUCACGCAUCGGGAGUUCCUGUGGCGGGCUUUUGAAAACCCUCACACCAGCACCAUGGCGCUGGUCUUCUACUAUGUCACAGGCUUCUUCAUUGCCAUAUCAGUGAUGGCCAAUGUGGUUGAGACAGUUCCAUGUGGGGCGAUGCCCAACAGAGCAAAAGAGAUGUCUUGUGGAGACCGUUACUCCCUGGCUUUCUUUUGUUUGGACACUGCCUGCGUCAUGAUAUUCACAGUUGAGUAUCUUCUUCGAUUGAUAGCAGCUCCCAGCAGGUACAAGUUCAUGAAAAGUGUGAUGAGCGUCAUCGAUGUGGUCGCCAUCAUGCCUUACUACAUCGGCCUGGUCAUGACGGAUAAUGACCAGGUGAGCGGUGCUUUCGUCACGCUGAGAGUCUUCCGGGUCUUUCGGAUUUUCAAGUUCUCCCGGCACUCUGCGGGGCUUCGCAUCCUGGGCUACACCUUGAAGAGCUGCGCCUCCGAGCUGGGCUUCCUACUAUUCUCCCUCACCAUGGCCAUCAUUAUCUUUGCAACGGUCAUGUUUUAUGCAGAAAAAGGCUCCACAGCCAGCAAGUUCACCAGUAUCCCUGCAGCGUUUUGGUACACCAUUGUCACCAUGACAACACUGGGGUAGGUGGCUGCAUACAAGUCCAUAAAACCCUUUAAGCUGUUUCAACUGUCCAUAAAUCACCGGCUCACAGCUUACUGCCUCCAUGAAACAUUCAUUGUAAUAGCCAAACACGCUACGAAACAAGUCCCCGAUUAUUUAAUUACAGUAAUCCUAUGAAUUCAUCAACUAUUUUUUUAUUUUUCUAAUUUUUGAGAAGCUGUUGAAUUAGCGUACAGAGCCUAAUUUUGGGACCAUUGUUUAAACUAAUUGUGUGCAGCCACAGGUGUGCAUUUAGUGGGCAUAUUAACAGCCUCAAGUGCUGCUCAGCCAACAGUCGGCUUUAUAGAGGCUUCCGUGCACCAUUCACUGCCUAUCAAUGAGGCUGCACCUCACAGGCAGCCCUUAUCCGAAGGUUAGGCCUCGUCCCUGCCUGUUUUUUAAUGGCUUUUAUUGGAUGGGCUCUUUUGAAAAGGUUGCCGCAGCAAACACAUACAGUGUGGCCAGUAAAAAAGACAGUGGAGGAUUUGUUUUGUUGUAUUUUUCAGUUUUCUUCUGUUUUUUUUAUUCCGUGUGAGAGGAAAAACCUUUGGGCCAAAGAAAAAAAGACUCCUAACUGAUCAAGAUCCUGCAUACUGCAUUUUCUGGCCAAGGCAGUGAUUAAAUUAAAGGCAAAGUAGUU